UAUACUUCAAUUGAGAAUAAUUGAAUUGAGUUGAUUUACCGAUCGAUCAUCACUGACCUCGGAUAUAUAUACCUACCUAUAUUGGUUUGAUUCGCAAAACCCCUCUGCUCUGCUGCAAUGGGUGACAAAAGAAAAAAGCACCGUCGUCAACAGGAUUCAACCUCUCCUUCUUCUUCAUCCUCCACCGACUCCGAUUCAGAUUCCGACUGCUCUUCUCGUCGCCGCCGUCAUCGCCGUGAAAAGGACCGCCGCAGAAAAACCGAAGGAAGCUCCAAGCGAGAAAAAGAGAGCAGAAGAAAGGAAAAGAGAAAAAAGAGAGACAGAGAUAGGAAAAAAACCAAGAGGCACCACUAUUCCGAUGACUCCAAUUCUUCCGACGAUGAAAUUCAACCACAAACCGCACUCCGUGAAAUGAUGACCGAGUUUCCCAAUGUUGGCAACGAUUUAAUGCAGCUAUUGCAAAUGAUUGAUAAUGGACAAGCUGUGGACAUAAAGGAUAUAUCAGAGAGGUCUCUAGUGAAGCAUUUGAAAAAGCUCUUCAUUUCCUUAAAUCUUAAGGAAAAUGGGGAUAGAGUUUUUUUGUUGCCUUCUAAGGCUUCUCCUACUUUAGAUGUUGUUGGCCCUCUAAUUCAAUCUUAUAUGCAUCCGGUGAAUGGUCGAACGGAACCUUUAGCAACAUUGCCUGAAACAUCGGCUCCGGCAGAACAGGUGGUAGAUGAUGAUUCAAUUGAACCUCCUGAGGAUCAUUCUGUUGGUCCUAAGAAAAGGUUGUCAUUCUCUUUUAGUCAUUUUGUUGACGUCUCUAUUUAUUUUUUUAAGUUUUUCUUUUUGUUAAAUCUUUGUUUUCUCUGCAGGGUGAUUGGUCCUGCAAUGCCGUCUGCUGAAUUACUUGCUGCUGCUGCUAAAUUAACAGAGGCACAGACCGAGUUCAGAGAAGCUGAAUUGGAUGAUGAUACUGAACUAUUUGUGGGACCUCCACCUCCUGCUAUGGUUACUGAAGCAGAAUCAGCAAAUGAAGCAGAACGUUUUGAAGAGGUCACCAGGAUAAUGGAAGCUGGGAUCGACAGCCCAUAUGAUGUUCUAGGAGUUAACCAUAAUAUGUCCGAUGUUAACAUAAAGAAAAGGUACUGGAAGAUGUCACUCUUAGUUCAUCCAGAUAAAUGCUCUCAUCCACAAGCCCAUCAAGCAUUUAUUAAAUUAAAUAAAGCUUUUAAAGAGUUACAAGAUCCAGAAAAGCGGAAAGCAAUGGAUGAUAAAAUCAAACUCAAACAAGAACAGGAGGACUUUAAGGCUGAACUUAAAGUCAUGCGAGAGAAUGCACUGUGGAGAAGAUCCCAAGGUAUAUCCAUGGAGGGUGAUGAGGAGCUUCUGGCACAGACAGAGGUUAAAGUGGAACCCACAAGAGAUGAAUGGAUGACAACACUGCCUCCCGAGAGGAAACCUGGUGGCGUGUCUAUGCAAUCAACCCAAUUUAGUCGGGGAACAAAGGAAGGUAGAGGAGACACUAGUAUUUGGACAGACACCCCUAACGACAGAGCGCAGAAAGCAAAGAUGAAUUAUUUGGAAGCAUACAAUCAGGCCACUGCACUAGCCUCAAACGAAGAAGACAAGAAAAGGGCUAGUACAGAUGCAGAUUUGGUGGACAAAUACAACAAAGCAAAACGAUCGAAAACAUUGGUGCAAAAACAUCAAGAAGAGGUUGUUAGCAAAUCCAAGAAAAAGUCCAAGCAACAUACGACGGAUAAGGAUAAGGGAGAAUGGAUAGGUCAACAUCCAUGGAAGCCUUGGGAUCGUGAAAAGGAUCUGACUGCUGGGAGGAUGAAAGUAAAACUCGAUGCAGAAGGCAUGUCUGAGGGAUUAUCUUCAAGGUUUAAUUCUGGAAACUUUCAAAGGAACUUCCUUUGAUUCGAUCAAGAGUGUGUAGUGAGUUUGCAAAAACAGGGUUACUUACGCCUUCUUAACAUGUCAAUUUUGUUUUGUAUUUAGUUAAAUGAUGUAAACAAAAUUGUUGGAGUGUAUAAAAAUGUAUGUAAGAGAUGAAAUAAAAUUACGGAGUUUCUUAUUUUUAGCCGCAA